CUUCUUUCAUUCGUUUGGUUGCUGUGUGGGUGGAUUAGGUUUUGGCUUCCGUUCCAGAUAAGUGUUCUUUGUCUCCUUUCUUUUCUCUGUUUCCUUUCCUUUUCUUAAGGGUUAGUUCCUUUCUUUGGUUUCUGUGGCUUCUGGUUUAUCCUUGGCUGGGAUCCUUCUUAGGAUACACCUCCAGGUUUAAAAUCUGAUCUUUCGGGGUUGAUUUUGGCUUUUGGGUUGUUGUCUUUUAGCCCCGAUCCUCAGAAUCCGAUCUUUGGAAUCGACCCUUCCGUUUAGAGAGCUUGCGCUUCUCAAAAUCUGUUAUUUGGAGGCCAAUCUUUUCUUGAAAGAUCUGUUAUUUCGGUGUUGGUCUUUGUUCUUGCAAGUAAUUAGAGGGGGCUGAUGAUCUUGAUGUUUUCGUCUCUAAUUCUGUCGAAAACCAGUUUCUACCCUUUAUGAAUCUUGCUACUCUCAGCGUCUGCUUCCUCCACUCCUUCUCCGUGGUCCUCCUCUACUGGUUCUAUGUGAUCUCAUGAACUAAGUCUCUUUGCGUGAUCCAGUCAUUUCAUUUCAUUUUUUUCCGUUCAAACCAAUUUCUAUUAGCUUAGAAUCAGAGAACCACCCCUGCUAAAGAGUAUGUCUUCCAUUCCGGUCCGCCGCGCUUCGAGUUCUGAAGGAGACUCGCAGCCGACGUCCGAUGAGAGGAAGAGAAAGAGGAUGAUUUCGAACAGGGAGUCCGCAAGAAGGUCUAGGAUGAGGAAGCAGCAGCAUCUCGAUGAUCUGAUAAACCAAGCCGAGCAGCUCAAGAACCAAAACAGCCAGAUCGACGUGCAGAUCAAUCUGGCGACACAGCAGUACGUCAAGGUGGAAUCUGAGAACGCUAUUCUAAGGGCUCAGCUGAGUGAAUUGACAGAGAGACUGCACUCGAUCAACUCUGUUCUCCGUUUCAUCGAGGAGGUCAGUGGAAUGGCCAUGGACAUACCGGAGAUACCAGAUCCUCUCCUGAAGCCAUUGCAGCUUCCCCGUGCGGCACAACCAAUCAUGGCCAAUGCUGACAUGUUGCAGUUCUGAAAUGUCAUUGUUGUGUAAGGUCUAUCUAGCAUGUGUCUCCAUUGAUUGGGCUAUUAGUUCCUUGUUUUGCUGCUUAUGCUUUCAUCUUGUUGAGUCGCAGUAAAUUAGCUUUUUCUUUGGUUCGAGUCAGUAAGUGAUGUAUGGUUGUGUGCUUAUUGUAAUUUUACCUUUCAGCAAAUGUUGCUUUGGCUGCUUAAAAGAUUUUCUCUGAUUAUAUCA